GAGGGAGGGAGGGAGGGAGGGGGAAGCAAGCAAGCAAUCUACAGCGUGUGAGAGAGGCUGAGUAAAGGUUCUUACCCGUUACAACAUUUUCCUCGCGCACAGCUGAUCCUCCACACCAAUACAUUCGCGAGCAUCGCUAGGAGGAACGCAAGUGUGUUCAUCAUGUUGGGGGUGUGUCUGUCCGUCCUAUUGCUCCUCCCCCUGGCCUCGUCCAUCCCCUCCCCCUCCAGACCUCCCCCAAAACUAUGCAGACGAUGCUGCGACCCCCUGCAGCCCCCAGAAUCCUCUGCUGCACGCCCUGCCCACCACGCCGCCGCCACGCCAGAGGUCCACACCUACAUCAACAUGACCAUUCUCAAAGGUGAUAAAGGUGACAGAGGAGAUAAAGGCAUGCCAGGGAAAAAUGGUAAAGAAGGUCCCCAUGGUUACCGGGGUCCCAUGGGUCCUCAAGGGACUAAGGGCCAGGCGGGCGCCCCGGGAGAUGCCUGUAAGCCGCAGCACUCCUCCUUCUCUGUAGGGAGACGUAAAUCCCUCCACAGUAUAGACUACUACCAGGCCCUGGUGUUUGACACAGUGUUCGUCAACCUCUACGAGCACUUCAACAUGUUCAAAGGUAAAUUCUACUGCUUCGUCCCAGGUAUCUACUUCUUCAACGUGAACAUCCACACGUGGAACUUCAAGGAGACCUACCUCCACCUGAUGCACAACGAUAAGGAGCAGGUGAUCCUGUACGCCCAGCCCAGUGAGAGGUCCAUCAUGCAGAGUCAGAGUGUUAUGAUGGACCUGGCGCUGAACGAUGAGGUGUGGGUCAGGCUCUACAAGAGGGAGAGGGAGAACGCCGUCUAUAGUGAUGACGUGGAUGUCUAUAUUACCUUUAAUGGAUACUUGGUGGCGCCUAGUGUCCAGUGAUCAGAGUGGAGGAAGAGGGGGAGGAAACUCUGUGUUGGAUUUUGGUUGUUUUAUCAUGCCUAAAGUAAAGGAGGAAAGAAGAGAGAGAGGGAACUUGCGCCAGUGUUGGAUUUUUGAUUUUGCUUGUGCCUAUAUUGCCUUCAGUGCUCACCAAAUUCAAAUGGAAACUGGGUUGAUUUUGGUUGUCCCUUUGUAGUGCCUUCAGUGCUCACCAAAUGGAAACUCUGGGUUGAUUUUAGUUGUUCCUUUGUAGUGCCUUCAGUGCUGACCAAACGGAAACUCCGGGUUGAUUUUGGUUGUUCCUUUGUAGUGCUUUCAGGGCUCACCAAAUGGAAACUCUGGGUUGGAUUUUGUUUGUCCUUCCAUUGUGCCUAAAGCAGCCAAUGAUACAAAUUACCUGCACACAUGUUUUCCUCUGCCUUACGAUGUAUUCCUCUCAGGUAUUUUGAAUGGGGAGGAUUGUGGGCACUAAUCAAUGAGAUCACUAUGCAGUGUUGUGUAGUCCCAGUGAGAAACAUUGGUUGAAAUUGGUUUUAACCUUUUCAACAUCUUUUCAACAUAUUUUUUUACCAAAAAUACAUAUUUUCAAUGUCUUUUCAAUGUCUUUUCAGCGUCUUUUCAACGUCUUUUGCUCAUAUGGUGGUUUUGGGACUAGACGUAAAUGGACCCUGCAUUGCUAUGGUGACCUCGAGGAAAGCUUUAAAAGUGAAAAAGGAGAAAAUGCCAGCCAUAUCAAAUGAAUAUAUAGAGAUUGUUGAGUAAGUAAUGCAAGAUUGUAUUGAUAUAUAUAUAUAUAUUGAUAACUCAGUGUUAUGUGUUUUUAUAGAGAUUUACGUUACGCUGCAGAGCAGCUUGAAACAUGUAAAUAUUUGUAUACAUUUUUGUUACCUAAAACAUUUUAUCACUAGA